CUGUUUUAUUUUCCACACGUGCAACAUUUGAAUUGUUUCUUAUAGCCAGAAAUAUUCAAAGAUCUCGUCGUAACAAUGGAAGAUAAAAUACAAAUAGAGACCGUAUGCAACCACAAAAGAGAGGGGAACCUGCCCACCAUUCUGAAAUUCCAGAAUGGAUCUCUUUUGGGCAACGCAGAUUUUAGCAUGGUAGAGAGUACCGUGGAUCACAAAAAGCGGGCUGUAGUAUGGGCGGGUGAGCAGGUGUACACGGGUGAGAUUCAGGAUAGCGAGGAAGUCGACACCUACAUUUGCAUUAGGAACAAAGCCACCAACAAAGUUAAAGUUGUGCCUGUGCAACAGGCAUUGAUGUCCAAUCACAUUUAUAAGACACUGGAGCGCCAGAAGAAAACGGUUCCCAUGAUGAGCCGGGAGCACGCCAACAAGAAGCUCCUCAAGGAGUUUGGUGGUCGCAAGGCAUCCCGAUUUGUGGACAACCGCGAACAGAUGAUGGUCAACGUGGAGGUGAUGCGUCAGGAUCUGGACGAAACGGUCAAUUCAACCAUGCUGAAUGAAGGCGAAGAGGACAGCACUCUGGCGGACGUAAGCAUCAACAAUGAGGAGUACCUGGCCAGCAUUGUGCCCAAGUUCAACAAGGAGGCCACCAAAGUGGACGAGGUCUACGCUGUGGAAAAUUUGAUCCCGAGCUCUCUGCUCGAGCGACUGGAAGAGGAGGCCAAGGUGGUCUUCUCCACGCCUGUUCAGACUCUACCCAUUAAAUCGGAAUACCUCAAGACAUGCUUGGGCACAAUUCAGGAAAAGACCAUUUCAUCUAAACAGGACUUCUUGAACAUUAAGCUUAUCAUCUACAUGGACGCCUUACAGUCGCUAAUUUCCCUUCGUUCACGUCAAAUGCAGAAGGUUGAACUCUCAGGUAUUACAGAGAAGAUCGAGAAUGAUAUACGCCAUCGUUUUGCGGAUCCCAAUGUGGCGAAGAAGGGAACUCGCACCAACUUUAGCAGUGAGAAGGCCCUGACACACUUUAUUGUGAUGUCUCUGCUCAUCAGUGAGAAGUUUGAAGUGGACAUUAAUGUCCUAUCCCGUGCUUUGGCCACCAGCAAGGCUCGGAUCAAGCAGUACGCCCAUAUUGUAAACGCUCUGCCAAAAUCCAACUCGGACAUCCUUAGCCUACGCCUGCCCAGCAAGGUUCCGCCUCUAAAGUCGGGACGUCGCUUCCAGCGCAAAAAGUAGGAGUAUCUUCAAGGACACCGCGCCCGCCAUCGAUUUAACAAACGCAGGCGGGCCGACACAACUUAUUUUAGCCAGAUACUUCUGGUUUUGUUAGUUUGGGGAAUGCCAGAAAGAAAAAACUGCCAAUCAUAGAAUGUUAUUAUUCUAAACGAAGGGCAGUUUUAGAAAUGGUAAACUAAUCAAUGUAAUCACUUUUAGCUCAAUAAGAUAAAUACCAUUAAAUAAUUAUUUUAACAUA